AUGACGGCAGGGUCGCGCGCACCCCUCCUGGUUAUUGCACUGUUUGCAGCACUCUAUUCAGGAUGGUGCUCAGAGGACGAAGAGAGAUUAGUUCGAGAUCUGUUCCGUGGAUACAACAAGCUCAUCCGGCCCGUUCAAAACAUGACACAAAAAGUGGAUGUUCGAUUUGGCCUUGCCUUUGUACAACUUAUUAAUGUCAACGAGAAAAACCAAAUUAUGAAAUCAAAUGUUUGGUUACGUUUAGUAUGGAUGGACUACCAAUUGAUGUGGGAUGAAGCCGAUUACGGAGGUAUAGGUGUGUUAAGAUUGCCUCCUGACAAAGUCUGGAAACCUGAUAUUGUGCUUUUUAAUAAUGCCGACGGAAACUAUGAAGUGCGAUAUAAAUCCAACGUUCUUAUUUAUCCAAAUGGAGAAGUUCUGUGGGUUCCUCCGGCUAUUUAUCAGAGUUCUUGUACAAUCGACGUUACAUACUUUCCGUUUGACCAGCAGACAUGUAUCAUGAAAUUUGGAUCAUGGACUUUCAACGGCGACCAAGUCUCACUUGCUCUAUACAAUAACAAGAACUUCGUUGAUCUCUCUGAUUACUGGAAAUCUGGUACUUGGGAUAUCAUCGAAGUACCUGCAUAUCUGAAUAUAUAUGAAGGAAACCACCCAACUGAAACAGAUAUUACGUUUUAUAUCAUCAUAAGGAGGAAAACUUUAUUUUAUACCGUUAAUCUAAUAUUGCCAACGGUUUUGAUUUCAUUUUUGUGUGUCUUGGUCUUCUAUUUGCCUGCUGAAGCUGGAGAAAAAGUAACCUUAGGUAUAAGCAUUUUGCUGUCACUGGUCGUGUUUCUACUUCUCGUAUCAAAAAUUCUUCCGCCGACGUCACUUGUAUUACCACUUAUCGCUAAAUAUCUCCUAUUUACCUUUAUUAUGAAUACCGUCAGUAUCCUCGUUACGGUUAUUAUCAUUAACUGGAAUUUCAGAGGUCCCAGAACACACAGAAUGCCGCUAUGGAUCCGAAGUGUCUUUUUGCACUAUUUACCAGCAGCGCUACUUAUGCGUCGACCACGGAAGACUCGAUUGCGUUGGAUGAUGGAAAUGCCAGGUAUGGGAGCUCCACCGCACGCAGCCGCUCCCCACGACUUACCGAAGCACAUAAGUGCGAUCGGAGCUAAACAAAGUAAAAUGGAAGCAAUGGAACUAUCUGAUCUUCAUCACCCCAACUGUAAAAUAAAUCGCGCAUCUGGAGGCGGCGAAGUAGGUGCACUCGGUGGACUUGGAGCACUUGGCGGUCUUGGUCUCGGCGAAAGACGAGAAUCUGAGAGUUCAGACUCAUUGCUCUUAUCUCCUGAAGCUGCCAAGGCUACUGAGGCUGUUGAAUUUAUCGCCGAACAUUUACGAAACGAAGAUCUUUACAUUCAGACUCGUGAGGACUGGAAGUAUGUGGCAAUGGUGAUCGACAGAUUGCAAUUAUACAUAUUCUUUUUCGUGACCACAGCUGGCACUGUGGGUAUUCUAAUGGAUGCCCCUCAUAUAUUUGAAUAUGUCGAUCAAGAUCGCAUCAUAGAAAUCUAUAGAGGAAAA